CUCUCUCUCUCUCUCCUACUGAGUCUUUGAUCCCUUCCUACCUUCCUCUUCCGACGACGUGCGCACAACGCAUUAACCCGCACAAAGCUAAGCUUCGUAUACACAUACGUUCAAUUCAACAACCCCUAACGUCCUCCGCCGCCCAUCUUCCACAUGACAAAGCCGCCGCCGCCGCCGCCGCCUCCCAUUCCUCCAAAACCUGCCGGAAGCUCCACAAGCCCUACCGUCGCCUCCCCCACCACCAUCCUCCAACCCCCUUCGCACCGCAAGCGCGGCCCCAAUCCCUCCAAAGUCUUCCGCGUCUUUCGCUCCGUCUUCCGCACUUUCCCCAUCAUCAGCCCCGCCUGCGGCUUCCACUCCCCCAUCCCCCGAUCCGCCCCCAGCGCCCACCACGACGGCCACAUCCACGGCGCCACCCGCACCACCGGCACUCUCUUCGGCUACCGCAAGGCCCGCAUCUCCAUCGCCAUCCAAGAGAACUCCCGUAGCAUCCCCAUUCUGGUCCUCGAGCUCGCGGUCCAGACCGCCCGGUUCAUGCAGGAUAUGGGGACCGGGCUGCUGCGCGUGGCGCUCGAAUGCGAGAAAAAACCGGGGGACCGCGUCCGGCUAUUAGAAGAGAAGAUUUGGUCCGCAUUCAUAAACGGGCGGAGGAUCGGCUAUGCGCAGCGGCGCGAACCGAACCAAUCGGAUCUCCACGUUCUGCAGCUUCUCCACGCGGUGUCGAUGGGCGCCGGGGUUCUUCCGCCGCACCUCGCCGACGCAAAUGACGGCGAGCUUGCGUAUAUGCGGGCUCAUUUUGACCGCGUUGUUGGCAGCAAGGAUUCGGAGACUUUCUACAUGCUUAAUCCGGAGACUAACAGCGGCCCCGAGCUCAGUAUUUUCUUCGUGAGGAUCUGAAGACUGCCGAGCUUUUCUUCGCAUGGCGGACUAGCUAUGAGUUAAGUUAUUCGAUCAAUAACUGUUCGUAGCUUAGUAAAAAUGAGUUGUAAAGGGUAAAAAUUCAUAUACUAUUUGUUGUUGUUA